AACCUUUUUUUGGCGAGUAAAGAGGGAUGGUACGUUCCGUAAUCCAAAGGGAGGGUACAGUUCCGGUAGUUACGUACCGGUACAGAGCUUGGGCGGACCGGACAACAACUACUAAUUUUGAACGCACGGGUAUUGUAUGUAUGUAGCCCAGAUACUCUACCAAUGAUAUCUUCUGUUCAAUGAGUUCGGUGCUCUUCAUAUUUCCAGUGCUACGAGUAAGAGAUUCAUACCGUACGAUACGCAAUUCUACUCUGACUGCUUUGAGCUUUGACCAUUUGUUCGUGACUGCACAGUUUGAGUCAAUCAUGUCACACAUGGGUGCUCCAAAAAUGCCACCACUCGCAAAAACUAAGCGACUCAUGAUACAGUAAAUWAUCUCGAUCGAAACAGUUUCUGCAUCUUCCACCGCUAUUGGAAACACAAUCUUUAACUCGURCAACCAUUUGUUUGAUUGAAAUUCAAAAAGCACAAUUCAUCGUUUUGUCGACGACUGUGCUAGAUAAUCGAGUUGUAAGAAAUGGACUUGGAAAAGGGGGCCGAGGCUCUCCGCGAACGUAAGUACCCGUUUUGAAGGGAACGAAAAAGGUCGAUCGAAAGUGGUUUCUGUUUCCGUCGUUCAUCCAAGAGACAAUAUUUUCGAACGUCAUCGACUCGCUCACGGACGAUUUUUAUUUCAGCUCUUCUUCAUGAUGACAGUGRUAGUGGUGCAGWUGGGAACGAAAACGAAAACCGCAAGAACGACAAACAGGAAGAAAGAUCCAAUAUUGGUGCUUCGUUUUGGGGAGACGAAGCCGAAGGCGACGACGAUGGUGACGACGAUGGUGACGACGAUGGUGACGACGAAGACGGCGUCAACGACGAUGUGUCAAAUUCCCCGAGCUUCGAGGAAACCAGUACAGGUCUUCCGCAAUCCCAAAUUAGCACGGGUCAAGAAAUCUUGUCGAUUGCGGUCCCGGCUCUAGCCGGAUUGGCCAUCGAUCCUCUCAUGGUAGGUUUCUGAGAUACUUCGACUUGCUAGAUUCGAGAUGAAAUUGAUUUUUUGUAAAUCAAACCCAUGGAAUCAUCGUGUCACUUWYRCUUUCACCUACACUCUGUUUUGGUUUCUAACAAAAUCACGCCCAUUCCGCGAACAGAACCUCGUCGACACGGCGUUCGUUGGACGAACGGCCCAGGACUCGGCCGCACUGGCCGGGAUGGGAUCUGCCGCCGCCCUCCUCACGUUCUCCUUCUACCUCUUCAACUUUUUGUGCACCGUCACCACACCCCUCGUGUCGCAACGCCGGGCUGCGGGCGAAAACGAAGGGGCGAUUGAAUUAGGKGGGCAGGCCCUGAGCCUCGCCCUGCUCCUGGGGGCCGCCCUUUGUUGUGUGUUGAUCGGAGGAUCGGGCCCGUUGUUGGGGRUCAUGGGAGCGACAGAGACAGGUGAUGCUGCCUUCUCGUAUGCCUCGUCCUUUCUCGGUGUGCGGGCGGUCGCCGCCCCUGCGGUAUUUGUAAUCUCGGCAUCAACGGGGAUCCUGAGGGGCUACCUGGACACCCGAACGACCUUCGUUGUGUUGCUGGGUUCGAACUUGGUAAACGCCUCGCUGGAUGCGGUAUUGAUAGGGUGGUUCCGCAUGGGACCAACAGGYGCAGCAAUCGCUACUACAAGUUCUGGUAGGUCGAGCAGCGAGUGCGUUGGAGGUUGCGUUUGGAGUGCCGAACUGAAAACGAAAAUAGACAUCGAACACGUAUUGAUAUUUGUAUUUUUUCCKUCCUUUUGAAUGUUUUGUAGAAUGGAUAUGCGCGGCCUCAUUGCUGUUGAUYUUGGCGGGAAUCAUUCCAUCCGUCGAUGGAAAACUUGGUAGCAAUCAACAAUGCCAGACUGCGACUGGUGCGAACUGGCAGGUGUCGAGUCGAACACAGCAGAUCGAAAUUGUUGAGGAACGUUCGAACGGUUUGGCUUUAUCACAGCUGCAACAAGAACAGCCAAAGAUAGUGGUUACUCCUGCCCUUAACGUCCCAAGCUGGGAGGCGGUAAAGCCGCUUGUUGUUGCUUCCUCGWCCGUCUUUGUGAGAACUUUUGUGCUACAACUUUCCAUCGCAGGGGCGGCCGCCAUGGCAACCAGGGGUGGAGGUGGAUCGGAGGCCGCCUCUGCCAGUAUUGCAGCACAUCAAAUCGCCCUGCAACUCUGGCUACUUUGCUCGUUUGUGUGCGAUGCAUUGGCUGCUGCCUCUCAGGCUCUGGUGGCAGAUCGCAUUGGGCAAGGCAAUACAGGUACGCAAGCAACCACACGACCAUAAAGAUUGCCCCUUCGAUACACCCUAUUCUUGUGAUAGAAAAAUAUCGGACUCGGACAAAGCGUCGUAAAGAAAUYUUGGCACCUCAUUAUUUUCUGUUUUUUUUUUCCUGCUCUAUUGUGCACCUUUGUGCGGUGUAGGUGGUGUUCGCGACGUUAGCAGAACAAUCUUUGCCUACAGCUUUCUGCUAGGAUUGGCGCUUAUGGCGGCUUUGGAGAUUGGAAAUUAUUCUGGAUUCCUCCUAAACUUGUUCACCAGCGACAAAUCGACACAGGACGUUUUGAAACCAUUGUUGUUUCUGCUGAUCGCUGCACAACCGCUCAACUCCUUCGUCUUCGCCGCGGACGGCGUUCUACAAGGAGCUUCGGUCUUUGCGUAUCAAGCAAAAAGUAUGGUUCUCAGUGUAUCAGUAGCAGUAGCAACCUUUUUCUACCUUCRACGUUUUGGAGGCAAAGAAUCAGAUUCUGGAAGUACUCUUAUGAAAGUCUGGUAUUCACUUGUCGUGCUUCAAUURAUGAGGGGAAUAACAUCUCUGUGGAAGCUAGUGGAAAAAAAUGGUCCAAUAGAUAUAUUGAAUAAGAAGAAUUCUAUUGAAACCGAGACAUUCGAAGACGGCGAUUCAGAUGAAAAUGCGUCGUUGGAAAGAAGAGACGGGAACUAGGUACCGGUUGCAAUAGUGAAAUGAAUUCAUCAAUUAAGG